GCCAUCUAGAGUUUCAUGACUGAACUAUAUAUAUAUUCAGUCAUUAAAAUGUAUAAUUACAUGAAAACUGCCUGACACAUUGCAAAACACUCUUCUCAAUAUUUGAAUUUUCAUGUUAUUUUAUCUUUUAAUAGACUACAUCUUCAGCCGCUACACCAUUGGUGAUCAGCUGGGGAAAGGUGGAUUUGGCGUGGUGUAUGAAGGGAGACGUCUGGAGGAUGAUCUUAACGUUAAUACAAAUAACACAUUAUCAAGCCAUCAAAUGUUUGUCCUGUCUCAUCCUUUAGUGGCUUUGAAAUAUGUCACGAAGACACAGCACACAGAAUGUAUAUUCUUUCCUGAUCAUCCAGUCCCCCUUCCAAAAGAAAUCGCCCUCACCAUCCUGGCGAAUAAAGGUCCCAGCGUGCCAGAAAUCAUCAGGCUGCUGGACUGGCAGGACCACCCUGACCACUUCGUCAUGGUCCUCGAAUGUUCCUCUCCCUGUGAGAAUCUGGUAGAGUUCAUGAGGUGUCACAGUGGAAGCCUUGAUGAAGAAACAGCACGGCAAAACAUGUGGCAGUCGGCUCAACGCUGCAAACAUGUGCUGCAUCCGCGGAGUGCUCAGCUGGGCAAAGGUGGAUUCGGCGUGGUGUACGAAGGGAGACGUUUGGCGGAUGACCUUAAAGUGGCUUUGAAAUAUGUCACAAAGACAGCACACAGAAUGUAUAUUCAUUGUGUCACAGUGGAAGCCUUGAUGAAGAAACAGCACGGCAAAUCAUGUGGCAGUCGGCUCAACGCUGCAAACAUGUGCUGCCUCCGCGGAGUGCUCCACCGUGACGUCAAGCUUGACAACCUUCUGAUAAACAGGGAGACAUCCGAAGUCAAGCUGAUUGACUUCGGAUGCGGGGACAUUCUGAGGAGGUCACCAUACAAGUCAUACCAUGGCACAGCAGUAUAUUCCCCUCCAGAGUACCACAGCAGGGGGAAGUACUACGGCAGGCCAGCGACAGUCUGGUCACCAGGGGGUCUAAUGUUCACAAUGUUGUGUGGACGUUUCCCUAGUGACUAUGACCUGUUCCUGCUGCAUUACAAGCACUGGUCCAAACCCGGCCUGUCAAAAGGUGAGAUCUUCAUCACAAAAAAAUAAUUAUCAUAAUCAUAGAAACUAUAUUUAGUUUUGAAUAACAUGAUCAAACAGAGAAAGUUUAAGGUAAUUUAAGGUGUAAAGUUCAAGGUUAAAUGUC